GCAACCACAUGCUCACUAUCUUUCCAUUUCCCUUCCAAUUACUUACACACUAUUAUUCAUUCCCAACCAAACACACCCUUCUCUCUCUCUCUAUCUCUCUCUCUCUCUCUCUCUCUCUCAACAUCCUGGGUUUCUCCGACAGAGGAUUCCAAUGUCCGACCUCAAAACCCCCAAACCCACCACCACAACAACGUGUUUCCUCUUCCUCCUGCUUUCCUUCUCCGUACUCCUCUCUUCCGCCGCCUACGAAAAAUCCGCCGCCGCCGCCGCCGUCUGCGGGGCGGCGGUCCUUGUGGCGGCGCUGCUCGUUCUCGCCGUCCGGACCACCAUAGUGACGUGGAUCACGAUCAUUGUGCUGCUGGCGUUCGCCGGAAAACGCCGACGUGUCCUCGCAAAAGACGGCGACAAAAUUACCUCCGACGUGGCACUGUGCUUGGCCAAGGUUGUUCUCCGGGGAAGAGGCGGCGUUCUUGCCUUCUCCUGCGCCGUCGCGGUUUUGGGGUUUAGCACAUUGGCUUGGAUCUCAUAAACUUGGAUCUGCUUAACAAUUUCCCCACACCGACCUAUACAUACAGACACACACAUAUAUAUAUAUAUAUAUAUAUAUAUAUAUGUAUAAAUAAUUUUGGGCUCUUAGCUUGGAUCCUAGAUCUAGGAUAAUUUUGUAUGUUUUCUUGGAUAGAUAUAUAUAUAUUUGGUUACAAUUUUGUUAUUAACUGUUAAAAUGAAGAUAUAUUGCAAUCUUAUUUUA